CGGUUCGGUCGUAUCAGUUGUGCUCCUUGCAAAAGUUCUUCUUCCACAUGCACUUGUUAUAGUUGCAUAAUUAUUAUUUGCACCCCGAAGUUAAAUACAAAUUAUGUUUUUUCGCCGAAUGUUCACGCGAAAGGAUACGGAAUCCGUCGAGAACGAUAACUGUCCAUCUUCAUCGGCGGCAGCGGCAAUGCCACAACAACGUCAUGUACUCUCUUCCACACCUCGCAUGGCGAGGAAGAACCAGCAACACCUCUCGUCAGCCGGCUCGCAUCGACCCGGUUCAGUGUUGCAGCUGACUCCGCUGUGGGAGUACAUUCUACGGACACGCACCCUUCCCGACGACGUCUGUCCGAAGGAAAUGUUCAACGAGUUCUUAGAGCGUUUACGUGACGCUGAGUGGCAAGUGCGGCAACAUGCUCUGCGAGUGCUCGUUGAUGUGCUGGUUGUGAUGGGUCCCAAGGCAGAUGCUUACAUGGAUCCGUUGGUGUCGCAGUUGGUGGAGAACUUAGGGCAUCAGGCUCCUACCGUCCGGAAAGGAGCCCUUGACUGCCUGAGGGUCUAUCUAGCCGAAACAGACAUGCCAGAGACUGUUCUGCUGCAGAUUCUGGACAUUGGACUGAAUCAGAAGAUCACAAAUGAGCCAUUUGGUGGACGUUUAACAUGCGGUGUUAUGCUAUCCUUACCUGCUUUGGUUCAAUCCACUCUGCACACUACAAAGAGGAACUACAUCCUUCGAACAACUAUCGAUAUGCUGGUUGAGAAAAUGGGUCAAGUGACUCAUCAGGAAAUCACGCUAAAAGUUCUAACCAAGAUUCGGGAACUCAUUGGAAAUAGAGAAUUCGCUGAGUACAUGUCCCAUGGAGCCUUCCGGGAGUUUGAACUGCUUUGCAGUGUCUAUGGAGUUGGCGAGAGCAAGGAAUUGAACUCGAGCACAAAGUCCUGGCGACUAAUGCCCACAUUGCAAGCAGAAGCCGAUUCGAAGUCCCUCAAUCAAACAGAGGGUUGUUGGAAGUUUUCAGACGAGGAAAAGAUUUUAGAGUGUCCAUCAAGUUCUUCCGCCAUGUGCAGUGCUCCCAACAAGGAGAAGGUAAUCUUAGAGACUGAAAUCCAAAUUAACGACGAUACCCUCACCAUGCGAAUUCUCGAAGAAAAAGAUGAUUCUGAAGCUCCUGACACAUAUCCCAGCAGUGCUGAGGAUGAAGUCAUAAGUGGUCCACCAAUGGAGACAACUGGUAUCAUUCAAGUUCUAUCCGAUAGUGAAGUUGAAGAAAUCAAUCGGAGAGCUGGUAAUGAUUAUUUUGUUACGCCAGCGACUCCGCGGACUCCGAAAAGGGUUACAUUUGGUGGUGAAAUUGUCAAAAUGCGAACUCCGGAUAGUGAUGCUACAGUGGUCAAUGAUGAGCCCAAAGCUUCCAUUUCUCAUGAAAACAAUAAAACUAAUCUUCUGAGUUUGGAAAUCCCAAACGACAAUACCAAACCAAUUUCUGAAAAUUCUCCAACCCAAAGUUAUAAACAUUCAAAGCAGGAUUUAAGUGAUAGCGCUGCAACUACCCCUGCGUCUUCAGCAUCUCCACUAAGAAAACCACAUCAGGAGCAUCAGGAAAAAGAAGCUUCACCGAGAUCGCCAUUCAAACGACUCACUGUGAGUUCAGUCGAUACUAUUGUCAGUCCACGAGCUCCACAUAAGGAAAUCGAAGUACUUCACAAUCUGCAAAGGGAACCAUCCCCAGUCGCUAGAGCCCGCAGAGCCAGUAUUCGGAUGGAUGAUGAAGAAGUCGUAGAAAAAACCGAAAGGAGUGAAUUACAACAGUCAUCAAAGGAUCAACUAAAACCGAAAUCAUGGGAGGAGUUGAAUAUUGUUGACGAUGAUGUUUUAAUGGACUUGAGAUCAGGGGAUUGGCGACAACGUUCGAAUGGAAUUUAUGCCCUCGAAGACGCACUUCGUUCUUCUGAAAAUCUAGCCCGAGUUCAACCUUGUCUGGACUCUUUAUUACGUACCCUUCUAUCGUCUGAGAAAAACCCUGAAGUGGCAGAAGAAAAGCGACGUGUAUUAAUGAACCUGAUAUCAAGACUUCCGUUGGAUAAUCUUGAGGAUCGGACUGUUCAAAUCAUCACUGGUUUGUGUCGGCAAGGUGGACCGGGGUCAAAUCGUGCCGCGAAGGCGUUAAUGCAACGCCUCCCACCCGCUGUCAUUGUCCUCAAAUUGAUAUCGGACGAAUUUUUACAUGCAAAGAGCUCAAGGUUUCGAGAGAAUGCACUACAAAUGGUGAUGUAUGCUCUGAUGACCUUUCCCAGUACCUGUUUUGAUACCAAUACCUGCGUUACGAGUGCAGCUCUAGCUGCUCUGGAUCGCAAGAAACGCGUCCGCCAAGCAGCUUUAGAUGUCCUUGCGAUUCUGGGCCAGGUAACGUCACCCCGGGUGGUUCUUGAAAUCGUUCAAAAUAUCGCCGCUCCGAGGGAGAAUGGAAAUGAGUUCUUUGCUGCCGUUAAGGCGCGACUAUCACGCAAGCAAUUACCACUUGUCAGUUCGGAUGGAGUGGUUCAAUACACACUGAGAGUGCCAUCGCCUCAAUCCCAUCAUCAGGAAAGAACAUCCUCAUCGACGACGACGACGGCGGCCCUGGCCAACAUGGGUUCUGACUUGGAGUGGAUAGCCUCAGGUGUGGGGUCGGUUUCACCAACAUCGCUCAAGCGUCGGGCCCACAAAUACCGCAAUCAGCAAAGUUGUUGCCAAUCUUUCAAUAAUUACUCCCUGAAUAGUCAUGAGGAUAUGAAAAGAUAUCGUGCACCACACGAAACGCUUGGACUUGGAGUUGGAGUUAAAGACAUGAAUUCAGAGUAUGCCACAUCUGACGACAAUCAUUCAAUGGCCAACAAUAGCAACAGCAACAACAACAACAACAAUAAUAACAUACAGUAUGUCUUGGGAAAAACCUUGCCGUUGCAUUAUACUUCAAUGAAAUCGAUGAAAAACGGUGGUGGAGGUGGCACCACCAGCAACAAUGGUGGUGAAAUCAUUGGAAUCAAUGGUAAGAGAAUAGCAACAAAAUCGUGCUCUGAUUCCUCCGCAGAUGGAAGAAGUUCUGAUAGCACAUAUACAACCAGUAGCAGUGGCAAUGGUAUAAUUAACCUAAAUGGACGCUUUGCAAGACAAUCUGUCACUUCUAGAUUCCCAACGAUGGAACGUAUUGACAUGACCGGAAAUUAUUUGCCCAAACAAACAUAUAAGAAUCCAUUUUUAAUUCAUAACACAUCACGCAAUCAUCAUCAUCAGGUGCACCUUAAUUCGACAUAUCCGAAAGUGAAUUAUACAUUGCAACAAAAUCGUAAGCAUAAUACAACAACAACAACAACAUUAAGAACCAACCAACAACGACCAUCAUUCUAUACAAAUCAAGAUACAUUCGACGAAAGUUCAUUUGGCGAGGAGUGCCACGAAUAUCCAACAGCGUAUGGCACAGGAGGAGGUGGUCCUGGAGGUGGAGCAGUUUCUGUGGAACAUAAUUUUAACAACAACAACUAUAACAAUCAUGAAACCACAAACAACGGCAACAGCAGACGAUUUGUGAAUGUGGAAAAGUUUAUUCAAAGCAACAAAACCUCACUUCAAUCACAAUAUAAUUCGAAUGGAAACUCGAUUGCACCAUCCCCCAUAAACGAAACACCACCUGUUACACCCCAUUAUACAAUUCCCUUGGCAGUGUCUAUAAAACCACAAUCGAGACAAAACAACGAAAACCACAAUGGAAAUAAUAUUCCUAAUAGUUGGUCCCAGUCAAGCAUAAGGGAACACACUUCUACUGAGGAGAAGCAGCAAAGUCAAAACAGUGCAAAUAUUCACAGCGAACAACAAGCUUGUUCGACUCCAAUAACAACUGUUGUGGCAACCCUUCAGAGUUCACCAAAUGGUGUUGAUCUUAAAAGUUCAGCGGAUGAAGCAACUAAAUCACCACUUAAAGCAGAAAUAAAAAAUCUUCCUCCUCCAGAAACCGAGAGUUCUAGUGGAGAUGUUGUAAUUGAACAAAUGUCACCUGAAAAGGAGUCUCCAAAAGUUGAACACACACCUUCACCAUCAAACGUGGAAAGUCAAGCAACACCCAUGGAAGAGCAGCCUAAACAACCUGAAAAUGAACCUCAAGAACCUACUGUUGACAUGGUUGACACUCCAGACUAUGAAUCUCAAGCAAUUACAUCGACUUCUCGUCCUCAUUCAGCGAUUUCAAGCAAAUCUCAAGUUAUCGAGGAGGAACUCGACUGUGAACAAGUGCCUUUGGAGCCUGAUAGAGUCUCAGAAGCAACUCAGGAGGUACUGGAAGACAUCAGUGACUAUGAAGACAACAUUGUCGUUCCAAAAACUCCAACUGAACCGCAAUCUCCACACAAAACUCAACUUGUGGAUCAUGGAGCCAGCAGAGCUCCCUCUCCAGAUAUCGAUGAUUCUCACAUUGUUUCCCCACCCAGAUCACCAACAAUUCAAGAAAUGAAAGCCUUAUCACGGAAGUCAUCAUUCGCUAAAAGCUGCGAUUCACUCUUCGAUCGCACCUCAUCGAAACUAGACGCCGACAAUAGCACUGAAACCAGUUCGGACUAUCAGUCGAGCCAUCUCAACAACACACUCACCGAGUUCAAUCCAAUCAAACCUCAACACAUCCCGUUGCAGAGAAAAUCGAAGACUUCAUGUUUCAUGAAGAAACACCGGCGCGUCUCUCCGGUAAAGCAAACAAUCAAUAUGGGUCAAGUGGAACUCUAUCCCCAGAGCAUGACACGGUUCGAUAAACCCCGAGAUGCUCUUCAAAAAGCAUUCGAUCAACUGGACUCAUCGAAUUGGGAAGUGAAUGUAUUGGGACUCAAAUCAAUGGUCCGACUAAUGCGUUACCACCCCGACACUCUGGACAAUCAAAUGCACAUGACCUGCAUUCAACUGACAAAAUCAGUCCGAAAUUUAAGAUCUCAGGUGUCUCGAGCUGCUUGUCAAGCCUCCACCGAGUUGUUUACCAUGAAAUGCAAAUAUCUGGAGCAAGAAUGUGAUGAUCUGGUGUGUGCUCUUCUGCAUCGCACAGCUGACACAAAUCGUUUCCUACGUGCCGAUGCAACCAGAGGUCUCGAAUCGAUGUGUGAUAAUUUAACACCAACUAAGGUCCUUAAUAUCCUGUGCAACAAAGGCGCCAAUCAUCAAAAUGCCAUCGUCCGAACUACAACAGCUAAGCUUCUAAAUCGCCUAGCCGACCGAAUUGGAUGUGAUAAAAUCUAUGCAAUGGGUCGAGAGCAUCGAGACAAGUUCAUUCUGACAGGAGCUAAUCUUUUGCUUGAGGGAAGCCUCGAAACAAGGAGCUAUGCAAAAGCUCUUUUCCGAUUGAUGUCAAGUCAUCAGAAUUAUUCAAGAUUGCUGUUGGAGGUGAUACCAACUCGGACUUAUAGAAACAUCGAAAAAACUUUGAAAAAUAUUCGUUAAAAUUUUAAUAUACAUCUUGAACUAUACUUAACUUUUUGUAAAUAGUUUUUACAUGUGAAAUAUAAACUUUUAUAAAUGUUGCACAAAAAAAUAAAAAAGUUAUUUAUCAGAGGUACAUUAUUUAUGUUUUAUUUAAGUAGAUAAUAGUUAAUAGUAGUUAUUUAUUAUAUAAAUAAAUACAAUAUUAUUUCGUUGUCUUUAGCUGGAAUGCACUUUAGAAUUAUUAGUUUUAAGAACUCAAUAUUGUAUAUUAUUUGUUUUCUUUAAUAAAUACAAAUAUAAAUCUA